GCGGUUGUGGAGUGAUAUGGAGAAUCUCAGCGAUGAGGAACGUGAGAUGGUGCGGGUGAGUAUCAACAUGAAGUUGCGCAACGCCAAGGUGUUCCACCCGCGGACUCCGGAUGACAUCGUCGAGAAGCUGAAGGACGCCCACAACGUGACCGGUGGCUCCGCGAAGAAGUCCAUCAUCGAGCAUUUGGACUCCACUGCCGACUGCCUCGCUACAUUCCAGAAGCUGGCCGACACCGCCAUCAUGACGCCGUCGAGCGUACCGUCGCUUCCGAGUACUGGGUCGCGUGCGAAGGACGAGUGGACGUACAUCCAGAAGAAUUUCCCCGCGCUGUUCGGCACGAAGGAGGACUUCUUCAUCGCGAGCAAGGCCCUGGUCAACAAGCUGAAGCCCCUGGACGCGUACUUCAAAGAUGAGAUCAGCAAGUGCGUGCCCGCCCAUGACAGCCGGCUGCAGAACAACAUCCAGGUGCAGACCAUGAACGAGUUCUGCGCCUUCGUGUCCACCCACUUCGAGGGCGCGAUGGAGACGUGCGCGUACGAGGCGCUCCUGGUCGAAGGUUCUUGCGUAGGUUGCAAGUACUGCGUGCCCGUCUACCCCAGCGAGGAGACUGGUCAGCGCGAGCAGCCCUGGAUCUUCCAGAAGGUCACCAAGGACGCGAAAAAGACGUUCUUGGAGCUGUUGACUACGCCAAUGGGUGGCUCGGUGACCCACAAGAGGGGGAAGAAGAUUGCCGAGAAGGCAGCGUCCAAGCCGCCCCCAAAGAAGAAGCAAAAGAAAGGGGACGCCCCCGCGCCGGCGACAUCCGACCAUCCCGAGAUGUUCGAGGAUACGGUGGCCGGUGGCACUCGCGAGAAGUAUUUCCUCGACGACGUGGUUCAGCUCGUCGAGCACGCGCUGAGCACAUCGCAGGCGGCGCUGUGUCGCAGAGGCCGGCGCCAAGUGUAUGCCGUCGUCUUCUCGAUAGCGCUGGAGUUCUGCUGGACGCGGGCUGUUUUGUUCAGCGGCAAGGUGCAUGAGUCGUGGAGCACGCUGCGGGCAGCUCUGCGGAUCACCAUCAACAACAUGGGCGCCCUCAGCCUGCCCGUGACGAGCGGCGACGGCGGCAGCCUGGACGCCAACGCCGUCAAGUCGAUCUUGACCGGCGCGGUGAGGGCUUCCUCCGUGCCCGACGCACCGGCGCCUUCUGGGGCUCAGGAGUCCCGCGACGCAGAUACGCUGGAGCAGCUGACUGCGCUGUACGAGAGGGCGACUGCGUCCGAUGUCGACGCCAGGCAGGUGGUGCAGUCGCUGGGGGCAUCCGGAGCAUCCGUCAAGACGAACAAGCUGUACCGCGCGUUCCGCGACCAGGCGUUCGACGAGGUCGCUGCUCACUGCCGGCCGUCCUCGCAUGACCCAGAGUGCUUCUCUGUCGAUGACGUGACAGUGCCGUUCAAGGCAAUCGUCUCGGUGUUCGGUGCGACCCCUACUCUGUCUAUCGUUCUGGACAUGGCGCACAAGACAUCUGCCAUGGUAUCUACCACUGGCGCGAUCCCCGAUGUAGUGGCCUCCGUGUUCGAUACGCCCGAUCGCCUCAAGACUGCGAUGCAGGUGCGCGUCCAGUUCGUCGUCGCGUUCGUCCGCGACAUAUGCAUGAGCACCUUCAAGUUCAGUAGUGAGUUCGCCGAGCAGCUGGCGGGCGUGUGUCUAUUCAUGCGUGAGCACCCCGCAGCGGGCGCUGCUCUAGUGGAGCUGGACGGCUACAUCGCCGCGGGCAGCUCGGGGGCUUCAUGGGCCACGAUGUUUAUCAAGUACGUCGAGGCCGUGUGGCAGGUCUCUAAGCUCACCAUUGCGAGCGAGGCCGUCUUGAAGAACGAGCACCUCAAGAAGGUGGUGGAGACUGUGAAGAAGGACGCCAAGCUCGGGGUAGCCUCCAGCGAUAGCUCCACGGCUGGGCCUGAUCGUGAGCUCGGUCAGCUUGUCGAGGUCAAGACUGAGGCCGAUGAUGCUGCUGGGAGCGAAGCCGCACUCGCGCCGCUGACGGCGCCUCGCGUGGACCCGGAGCACUUGAUCGUGUCCGCCUCCGAGCUGCACGUCCUCAAGGAUAGCUACUCGGUGAGCCAGGUCGGUCACAAGGUGCUGGACAUGUCGGCUGACGCCAUUGCGCUGGGCAUGACAGCUGGCGAUUUCAAUUCGAUCUUCUUCAAGCGGCUGCAGGCAGACUUGUCCGCGUUUGCAGCUAGUGCUCUGCGGCGUGAGGCGUCCAAGGACGUGAUGGCCGACCUGAUGCAACCCGCUAGGGACGGAUCGUUUGCGCCCAUUGGCAGGAAGCUCGGUGAAGAUAUGAAGUUGCACUUCGUCGGGCAGGUGGCCAUCGGGGCGGUGCCGGUCGGUUCCUGGGAGUGCAUGAAGGCCUUCGGUUUGCAGUUCUACAUCGUGCCUGGUGCGAAGGGGUCAAAUGGGCCGCUGAGCGACUGCUACCUGCCCGCGUGGUCCGUGCCUGAGGUGUCCACCGGCCCCAGCAUGAAGACCGAGACCCUGCUCCUGCACUACACGCCGUCUGCCACGAUGUUCCCCGAGCUCCAGCCGACGAUGAUCGUGGGUGCCAAACCGUCUACCUUCGCAGACCAUGAUAGUGACGUCUGCUCGCUCAGCUACUGCGACGAGACCAAGCGUUACUACUGGCCGUUCGAAGUCCACUACUUGACGCCGCUCGAGAGCAUGCACGGCGAGACCGACGAGCCCCUCACCCGCAGCGCCCAUCCUGCUGAGCGGGGCAAGGCCGCCGGUGGCGGCAAGGGCAAGGGCAAGGGUAAGAAGGGCAAGAGCCAGCAGGACAACGGCGGCGGCGGCACCACCAUGCAGCCCUUCGACCUCGUCGCGAUGACGGGCGGCAAGGCGGCGACGGCCGCGCACGCCCGCGCGGUGAUCGCUGCCCAGGGGAAUACGGGUGGCGCCGCUGGUGCCCAGCCGCCGCCAGCGGGGGCGGCCGAGGAG